AUGUCUGGUCCCCAGGUUUACUUCGACAUCGAGUGGGAGGGUCCCAUCCUCGACGCCUCCAACAAGCCUACUAAGGACGUCCAGGUCCAGAACGGCCGCGUCACCUUCAACCUCUUCUACGACGUUGUCCCCAAGACCGCCGAGAACUUCCGUGCUCUCUGCACUGGUGAGAAGGGCUUCGGCUACCAGGGCUCUUCUUUCCACCGCAUCAUCCCCGAGUUCAUGCUCCAGGGUGGUGACUUCACCCGUGGCAACGGCACCGGUGGCAAGUCCAUCUACGGCGAGAAGUUCGCCGACGAGAACUUCCAGCUCAAGCAUGACAAGCCCGGUCUGCUUUCCAUGGCCAACGCCGGCCCCAACACCAACGGCUCCCAGUUCUUCGUCACCACCGUCGUCACCUCUUGGCUCAACGGCCGCCACGUCGUCUUCGGCGAGGUUGCCGACGACCAGUCCCUGAAGAUCGUCAAGGCUCUUGAGGCCACUGGCUCUUCUUCCGGCACCGUCCGCUACGGCAAGCGCCCCACCAUCGUCGCCUCUGGCCAGUUGUAA